GUCCACCGUGGCGACGAUGCGAUGAAUAAAGCUGGAAAAACACAGCAGACCCGCGCCGAGAUCGGAAGGCGCUGAUGGCUCUUUCCUGCCUCUCUAGGGCGCGCCAAAAGCAUUCAGAUUGUCCCGAUUGGCCGUAAGCCGGCGAUCUUCAGCGCACAAUCCCCGCCGGCUGCAGUGGAAAGCUCGAGGGGAAAACGCAGGACCUUCAUCACAAUGAUGGGGCUCUAAUUCCAAAGUUGCCAUUGGCAUCUUUGUCCAGCAAAAGGAACUGCCUGUCAAGCGCCCCGGCAUUCUUCCAUUCAUUACUCAGAGCUUUCUUAAUCCGUGGAGGUUGCGCAUACCGUCGGCAGCGGGUUCUGAAGUGGUUGAUGGCGACGCCUGCACACCAUCACCAUUCCAGGAACCGUGAGGCUUGAGGUGGUGGUGCCGCGCCGGCCGGGAGCAAUCCAUCCCCCACUCCGAUCCAGACCCUAAAGCUGCCUUCUUCUCCCGCAUGACUUCUCCGAAUCCAGCCAUCGACAGCCCGCGGGCGCCCGCGCUGGAGACGACGAAGACGACGACGACGGCGACCACGACCACGACAAGCCACCGCGAAGCCACAUACCAAUCGCUAGAGCGCCUCCCCAACGAGCUACUGCAGCCCAUCGCCGAGUGCCUGAUCCCUCCAGCGCCGCUCACGACCCGCUUUGCCCUCCGUCCGUCCGGCGCCUGGGAGUUCCGAGAUGCCGGCCACCAAUGGGCCGACUGGCUCGCCGCGCGCGGCAGCCUGCUAGCGUUCGCCCAGGCGUCGCGGCGCAUGGCGGCCGUCGCCGAGCCCUUUCUCUACCACACCCUCGUGAUCCCCACGGCGCGCGCCCUGGUGACACUGUUCCGCCGCAUGAACGAGCGCCCAGAGAUCAGGCCGUGGAUUCGCAGUGUGACGUGCCUGGUCCAUGUGGGUGGCGUGGUGACCAUCAGCGAGGUGCGCCGCGAGUGGCAGCGGCAGAGUGGAGUGAGCGUGCAGCGAGGGCAUGAUUGCACCGCCGCCAUGGAUCUUCUCCGGGCCGUGCUCUUGAACGCGCCCAACCUGCGGGACCUGCUCGUGGCGUUCCCGGACCAGAACCCCGUCCAGGCCGGCACCUGGCCCGCCGACCUGCUGCUGCCGAAUUUCCGCGACACCAUCCUCCAGUACCUGACCGACUCGGAGCCCCCCGGCUACGAGACCCUUCCAGCUUACUACUGCUUUCCGCUUGGGCUCAUGCAAAACCUGGUAUCGUUGCGCAUCUACUGCCACAGAGACGGGUCAGGAGGCGACCGCGAUUUGACCUUCUCCCGCAUGGUGGCCGAUGUCGCCAUCGCCAGUCUGCCGCAGUUGAAGAGUUUGAGGACGCUUGAGCUCUGCUGCUCUUCGGCGGGUAAUUCCUUCAGCGAGGAGAUUGCCUUGCCGCAGUUACCGCAGAUAGAACACCUCCGUUUUUACGGCACCCACAUGCAUGAACCGAGACUCGUGGCGUUUUGUUUGGCUUGUAUCAACCUCAAGACCCUUGUCGUGCAUUUCGAGUCGAGCUCCGUCGAUGAGGAUCGGGAUUCGUUACCGGAGGGCAAGACACUAAGCGAUGCCCUAGCCGGUUUGGCAGGGGCGUUGGAGACGCUCGAGUUGGUCGCCCUAUCGGAAGGGCACUACCUGACGCGCGGGAGAGAGAGGCCAAGGAAGCCCGAGAACCACCGGUUGCGGUGCAUUCCCGAGCUUAGGCGGCUACGAAGCUUGACGCUGGACUACCGGGGCGUUUUUGGGACGUUUGGCAUUUUAGACUGGGACGACGGAGAGCGUCUCUGUCAGCUUCUACCGCCGUCGCUGCGCGAUUUCACCCUGGUCUGCGAGUGGGGCACGGCCAGCGACUUCAAGCAGAGCUACCUCGCCAACCUGGACAUGGUGCUGCACGGGGUUAAGUGCCUCUGCGAGAGCCCGUCGCACAGACUGUCGAGCAUCUCGCUGGCGAUACACUCGUGGCCGGCAGAGAGCAGGUUUCAGCGGCGUUUCAGGAGAGACCUCGACGACGCGAGGGAAACCUGCGCAAGGGCCGGCAUUAAGUUCAGGACUUUCGAUUUGCUUCCGUCGUACCAAGACGAAGACGAGAUAGACCAAACUGCCGAGGAAGGCCACAACUCGGAUGCAGCUGACGAGGCCGGCGAAACGGAAGAGGGUGCAGAAGCCGCACCGCAGGACAAUGCGGAUGAGGAAGAAUAUGAGCUUGAGGAAGAAGAUGAGGCGUCCGAGUACUACUUCUCGGAGGACGACCUCUCGGACCCUGAGAGAGAGGCUCGGCGGCCCGAAACGUUUGGAGCUUUCCUGCAGCUCCUUGGCGAAGACCACGGGCAUAGCUUCGACGAGCUGUUCUACGCUUACCAUGAGGACCGGUGGGAUGAGUAUCUCUUUUGAGAUUUUGGGAGAUUACUGGGGGAUGUCCGUUGAUAUCCUACGCCGCCUCCCCAUCGUGACACCGGAAUUGUGGCAUGUCCGGCACGGUACAAGCAGCGCGACUGCCGGGCUUGAGCUGGAUGUAGCCGCAUUCACGAUCAAGUCGGAUCCGAUCUCAGUUACUUACAUAGAUACCCUUACUAUGCUCUCUCGUUCGCUCCUCGAAGGGUGGAGCGAACCAGCCUACGUCGACAGCUUACAUAGCUCACGUCGAGUACAAGGCAUGCUGGACUGAAAUAUCCUGACAGUCUUCUCUGGCACAACGUUGUCCUUCCAAUGAAGCCACAUCAAGCAACAACUUCCAAUCCUGCAAAUCUCGUCUCGUCGUAACGUUGCGUUUAGGAGAUCUUGAAACUUCAGCCACCUGCGAACCACACGCAACACUGGUGCUACGUCC